CUAUCCUCUCUCUCUCUCUGCGCGCAUCCCGAUGGCCGCAUCCAUCGCCGUGAUGGGUUCGAUCUCUGCCCCUCGGCUUUCUUCCCGAACCCGGCGGUCGGCCGUGCCUCCUGUCUCGGCGUCGACGAGCACGAGGAACGAGAACGGCAGCAGCCCCUCCUGCCGCCACCGCUCCAUCGCCGCACUUACCAGGAGGGAUGUCAUGGCUUCUGUGUUGUCGAGUUUUGUAUUCUCACAAUUGGGAUCAUGUGAAGAUACCUUAGCUGAGCCAUCAGUUGGAUUCAGAGAGUAUAUAGAUACAUUUGAUGGCUAUACAUUUCUCUAUCCACAAAAUUGGAUCCAAGUUAGAGGAUCUGGAGCAGACAUUUUUUUCAGGGACCCUUUUGUUCUUGAUGAGAAUUUAUCUGUGGAGUUGUCUUCUCCUUCAUCCUCAAGAUAUAAAAGUGUCAAAGAUUUGGGGACACCGCAAGAGGCUGCCAAUAAGGUUCUCAAGCAGUAUUUAACCGAAUUCAUGUCUACCAGACUAGGAGUUCGGCGUGAAUCAAACAUUCUAUCAGCAUCAUCAAGGAUUGCUGAUGAUGGUAGGCUCUACUAUCAAGUUGAGGUAAACAUUAAAUCAUAUGCAAGCAACAAUGAGUUGGCUGUUAUGCCACAGGACAGGAUACAACGACUUGAAUGGGACAGGCGUUACUUAUCAGUUCUUGGUGUUGAGAAUAACCAGCUGUAUGAGUUGAGGUUGCAGACCCCUGAAAAUGUGUUCCUUGAGGAAGAAAAGGAUCUACGAGACGUCAUGGACUCCUUCAGAGUGGUCAAGGCAGUGAACUAAGCAACAUUGCCUGCAACAGUGUAUGGGAGUUGCUGAGGCUUUUUUUCCAUCUGGUCCACUGUAAUAUUUAUUCGUUCUCAAGGCCAACCAAAGAAUUGAAAUCUGUUCUCCUUGCGUACAUUGUUCAGAGGUCCAAAUUUUUAACGAUUGCAAAUAGGAGAAUGGGGUUCUUGAAAGAAAGCUGUGUGGUUUCUUUGUCACAGAGACAAUUUUAAAAGAAUAAAUAUUUGUGGUGAACAA